GUUGGCCGCCCCCUCCCCCGACACCGCCGGAUCUCAGAGCUUCUCGAUUUACCCUCGCCCGAUUUUAGCUUCGUCCUGGCUGCGUCUCAGGGCGGGGCAAGUGCACUCUCCCCUCGCUCCCUGGCGAGAGCGAACACCGGCUGGAAGGCUCCUCGUUACACACCCACCUCCCCUCGGAGGGCGAAAGCGACAGCGCUGCGCGGCGCAGCUCCAGUGCCACGUGGGCUCCCAGCAGAGAAGGAGAGGGCGCUGUGCCGGCAUGCGCGGCCCAGCCUUCGCCCUCGCGGCGUUCGCGGCGUUGUCGCCGGGGGCCCCAGCGGCCGCCCGCGACCCUGGCGGCAGGUACGUCGUGCCGCUGCACAGGCACCGCACGCCCGUGAGGAGCGACGGCACGGGCCUGGUCUCCUUCAAGAACACGUACUUCGGGCGGGUGACCGUGGGCGCCGACGAGCCGCAGGCCUUCGACGUGGUGUUCGACACCGGCUCCGGGCAGCUCGUCGUGCCCGACAGCAGGUGCGGCAGCACGCCGUGCCUGACCCACCGGAGGUACGACCGAGAGGCCUCCCGGCACGCCGUGGACGACGUAGAUCACGAUGGCACCCCAGUUCCGAUGGGUGAACCACGUGACCAGAUCACCAUCGCGUACGGGACGGGCGAGGAGCAGGGCGAGACGCUGCUGCUGCACCUGACGAGGGAAGCGGCGACGGCGACGAGACAUCUUCGACCAGGAAGUGUGCAGUUCGCUGGAGGUCUGCAGACGGUGAUCAUGGCGCUGGACACGCUGGCCUUCCCAGAGGCGGACGCCGAGACGUUUCAGCAGCUCGAGAAGACGCUGUUCGCAGCACCGAGAGCGCGAGACGAGACGCUCAUGAAGUUCACGAACAGGAUCCACUCGGAACAGAAGGAGCUGGUCAGGCUGCUACCGAACGCGCUCAACGAGACGGUCAUGGGCUUCCUGCUGCUUCGAGGGGCCGGCAUGGCCAAGACGGAGCGCAACCAAGUGCCCAGCCAGACGGGCUACGACUACGGCGUGAACAAGCUGGUAGCGAUCCUGAAGCGCAUGACGGACGACCACACGGUCACGGAGAAGACUUCGACUACCAGAACGGCUGCCUACUUGGCGGGAGUUACGGAAGAGGAGCCGCAGGAGGCUACUGAAGGCGAGGACGAGGACAACCCCAUCUACGACGCGAUGGCGAACCUGCUGGGCAUAGACGACGACAAGGAGCCAGACGACAAGCUCGAGAACGGCGAGGCUCUCACGGGGGCCGAGGCGCUGGACUGCUUGGCGGCGCUGGUCGGGCCACCGCCAAAGCCCAGGACAUGGGGUGAAGCUCGGAAGAUCGUAGCCGACAAGAAGACGAACAGAGGGUUCCACAACAUCAAGGACAGAAAAAGGACCGAGGAGAAGAUAGAAGACAUCAAGAAGAGGACGAAGUGCGGCAUCUGCAAGAAGCUGGUUCACUGGCACAAGGAGUGCCCCGACAAUCCGAAGAACAAGGUCAGGGCGACGGGCGGCUUCUUCGCGAUGACGGUGCUCCAGGACGACGAGGUGUGCAGCUACGUGGCGACGGAGGCGAAGAUGGCGGCGAGAUCCAACAUGGUGGAGCACGUCACGCUGGCGAUCGACAUCGAGAAGUCUGGCAGACCAGGCUGGGGUGCGGUCGACACGGCAUGCGGCUUCAACAUGAUGGGCCUGGCCACCUUCGACGCCUGGGCCAAGCACUACAAGGACGUGCACAGCAUCACACUGGAGACGGUGCCCUACCACAAGAAGUACAGGUUCGGGAACGACCAGGUCUGCACGGCGACGGAGGGCGUGUUCAUUCCGAUCAUGCUGGGCCACUUCAGCGGGGUGAUCUUCGUGUGCCUGGUCAAGGGCGCGGCGCCGCUACUGCUCUCCAAGACGUUCGUCGUGGAGCUGAAGGCGUCACUACACGCGUUCCAGUCGGAGUUGGACCUGCCAGAGCAGAACGUCAGACUUCCUCUGGCCCGCGCUGGAGGUGAGCACUUCCUGGUGCAGCUCGACAACUUCGCGCGCCCGUGGAAGAAGCCUGAGAGCUGGACUCUGUGCUCGAGGGAGGUUUCGAUGGACUUCGGAACGAGCUCGGAGCACAUCCAUCUAUCAUCUACGUCUGGCCCCAAAGACUUCGACAGGCCCCAGAAGAUCGGAAGCUGCUACUUCUCGGGCGCCUUGGGCACUACGGAGGAUAGAGUACAAGAGCACGGCAACGAGCUAGACGAGAGCAACGGCAAGCACAACAGCGUCAGAGAAGAAAGCAACUACGACAAGCCAAGCAAAGAGAGCAACAAGUGCAAUGACAUAGUGGCUGAGGCGGGGGCCACAGAGGCCGCGGCGAGGCUUGUGAAUCCCCAGAAGGACCCGAAGGUGAGGGACAACCCAGAGAGGGGGAAGGUUUUUCAGUGGCCGUGGCACGAGAUAGACAACCAACCGAGACCGCCAACGGGAGCAAUGAUCUGCAGGUUCUUGGACAUCCCCAACCAGGGCCCCUGUCCACCAAGGGGCAACCCGAGGCAGGCUCGAGAUCACGAUCCAGCUCGAGAGACGGCGUGCGUUCACGAGUUCACGGGCCACGGCGGCAACGGUCGAGCGUUCUGGGUGCAGUGCUGCGGCUGCAAGAUGCACCUCGAGUACUACCCACAGUCAGCUCCAGGGAUGAUGAAGGUCAUCAACGUGCUCAACGACUUCAAGGACGAGGAGGCGAGGAUCAAGGGAUGGAAGCCCAGAACGACCAAGACCAGCAGCAAGAAGAAGGAGGAGACCGAGACGAGACCAACAGCGACCAGCGGGACGGCAUCGACAAGCCCGAGGACCACUUCCAGGACCAAUCAGAAGCACCAGGACAACCGGUGUCAGAAGGACGAGCUGGAGGAGGAGACCGAGGACUGGGAGCAGCUGGGCGAGUCCCCACGGAGCAAGGCCUUGACAGCGCUGCGCGAGCUACUUCAGCGACUGCUAGAGAAGCUCAGCGACAAGCAGAACAGCAUGAUCAACAAGUCCAUUCAGCAGAUCAGCGACUUCGAGGACCUGGCUCAGGCAGUGGAGGCCGCGAUCCCCGAGAGCAGCGCCUUCAUGAAUCAGGAGGGCGAUCGAGCGGAAAGAAGCUUGACCAACAAGGAGAUCGUGGCGCUCAUGGGCUCCCAUCUGCUGACGAGGAUGGGACAGCGAGAAGUGUGGAGCAAGCUUCAACACUCAGCACAUCUCGUGGUAGUUACCAAGCCUCCGAAGGACAUCUACAACACCAAGUUAAAGGAGAAGAUCGGCAAGGAGAUGCUGACGUUCAUCUCAGACGUGGCGAUCAAGCAGGCCGCCAACGGCAGGCACUUCUACUACGAGCAGGACAUGAACUCCAGGGACUGGGAGGAUCCCCCCAUCAAGAAGCUCAAGCGUCUACCCGACAUCGGCGAGGACGGAGCGCUUCGGAAGGGCCGCAAGUACUUCUCCAAUCUACCCAAUGAGGCCACCGAGCACGCCAAGUUGUUGAGCCAGGAGUUCGUGAAUCGACCACCUCACACCGCCCUCGGGGACAUUGACGACUCCCUACAGGAGCUGGUUGGGGCGCUAGUUCGGACGAUCAUCAAGAUGAAGACCACGAAGGAGCUCGGGAAGCAGAUCGAGGAGCAGAGCGACCAUAAUAAUGGGUCGCAAGCACCCAUGCCCUCCCAACACACCGAGGUCAAGUGUACAGCAUGCUGCGCGGCACCUACGACACCAACAACGGCACCAAAAGACGAGAAGAGCACGGACCCUCACGUCAAGCAGCAGGUUCACAAGAUCCAUGAGAACAUGGGCCACUGCAGCAACGAGAACCUGGUCAUGGUGCUGAAGUACGGCAAGGCCAGACAGGCCUUCAUUGAGGCGGCGCAGAAGCUCGAGUGCCCGAGCUGCGAGGCGAACAAGAGGCCGAAGCUCGCGAAGCCCCCCAAAGCUCCGACUACCUACCAGUUCAGCGAUGUCAUCGGCAUGGGCAUCUUCUUCGUGUUGGGACCCGAGAGCACCACCAAGGUGCCCAUGCUGAACCUAGUCUGCCACGGUACUGGACAUCAAGUUGCGAUACCUCUACCGAGUCGACAUGGCCUUCAGAUACGACGUCAUUACCGCGCAUUCUGGAAGCGUGUCUACUGGGUGCCACGCAUGAUAGUCACUGAUGGCGAGAAAGGCUUCUCUGCAGGUGAGUUGCCAGAAGCUGCUGAAGGAGAUGGUUCCGAGAUCAAGGUGACGAGCGCUACUUCACCGUGGCAGGCGGGCAAGACCGAACGCGCUGGAGGCACCUGGAAGGAGACCUUCUACCGAACCAGGCAGAAGUUCAACACCAACAACUGGGAGGACUUCUACGAGCUCGUGGAUGCGGUCAACGUGGCGAUGGGCGAAAGCGUUCGCAGAGGAGGCUUUACACCUUAUCAGAGAAUUUUCGGACGACCAUUUCGACUUCCUGAGAAGAUCUUAGAAGAAGGGCCACCAAGUUUGUCAACGGUCUCCAGAGCGAUGAACGGUGACACCGAGUUGGCCAGGAGCAUCGACAUGCGCAAGGCCGCCAUGGCUGCCUACAUCGAGGCCGAGUGUUCAGAGAAGUGGAGACGGGCGCUUCAGAGGAGGACGAGACCUACGAGGGGCACCACUUUUCAGCCAGGAGAUCGGUGUUAUGUCUGGCGAAGCAGUACUGACAAGCUGCCGACCAGUUCCUGGCAUGGACCUGCACGUGUCAUCAAGGUAGAGCUUCCUAGUACAGUGUGGUGCUCAUAUCAGGGAGGUCUACUCAAGUGCUCACCUGAACAGCUUCGACAUGCUAACGAGGCCGAGGUCGCAGCCUGGGGGCAGAUCGACAACACCACGAAGGAGGAGCUGAACACCGAGAACAGAGGACGUCGUAAAUGCGAAGGCCUCACUCGACAAGAUCAGCCACCAGACGAUCUUGAAGUGCCUCACGUUGUUCCACCAGAGCCGGCUGCGGAUGAUCAAGGAGCAGCCUCACAGCCGCCCAUCACAGAGAUCGAGAAGGGCGCGGAUGUCAACCCAGAGCUGAUUCCCAUGGCCACCAAGUACUGCGAUCAUCUAGACGACGUGCCGUUUACGAUCAACGAGCGGAUUGUCGUCAUCGAAGAGAAGAUCAACAAGGAGGCGGAGGCACCACCCAAGAAGAAGGUCAAGAAAGUGAAGGCAUCAGUCGUCAGCUCAGCCAUGCUCACCAACACCAAUCAACGACUUCGUGAGGAGAUCACCGAGAAGUCGCUUCUGAACACCUACAAGUACCAGCCCUACAUCGCAGCUAAGCGCAGAGAGUGGGGCAACAUCAAGAAUGCACAAGCAAUUCGACUACUUUCACUUGCUGAAACCGAUACAGUACGUCAAGAUCCCGAUCGAGCUUCCAGGAUCAUGGGCUCUCGCUGGGUGCUCACCGACAAGGGCGGCAAUCCUGAUGAGGUCGACGCUAGCAAGCGGCAGUUGAUGUUCAUGGGCGACGGCACUUGGAGGAUGGCAAAGGCUCGCUGGACCGUUCAAGGACACACCGACCCCGACCUGCUCGAUCUCGAGACCUACAGCCCAGUCGUCGGCAAGGACUCCGUGUUCCUGAUCUUGCAGAUCCUGUGCUCUAACAAGUGGACCUUGCAGCUAGCGGACAUCACUUCGGCUUUUACCGCUGGAGAUCCACUCGGUCGAUCUCGAGGCAGUCUUUAUGUGGAGCUACCUCGCACUGGGAUUCCUGAUGUGGAGGACAGUUCGCUGGUGGAGUUACUCAAGGCAGUGUAUGGCCUAGGCGAUGCUCCACUACACUGGCUAUCAGCUUUCACCAAGUACGCCAGGGUGAUCGGCUUCCAGUGCUUUAUCUUCGACAGCUGCGUCUUCUACUUGAGAGACGAGAAGGGACUUCACGGCGCCAUGGGCCUCACUGUGGACGACAUCGUGGGUGGUGGAGACGUUCUAUUCGACACUGCCUGUCAGAAGCUACGAGAAAGCGGGAAGUACACCGGCAAGGAGCUACAGCAGAACGAGGACAACACCGAGAUCACGAUAUCACAAAGCUUCAGUUUGAGCAGCAUCCAGCUAAUCAACAUAGCCACUGAACGUCGUAAAGAGCCUCAUUCUGCAGCGAACCGCAUCGGCAGGCUGACCGAGGAAUUCAGCUCGGUGGUUCUCAAGAUCAAGCACAUCCCAUUUCACGAGAUGGCUUUUGCAGUUUUCAAUGACGCGGCCUGGGCAAAUGCCAGAGAUGGAGCUUCGCAGGCUGGAUACAUCGUGUUCGCCACACAGCGCAAGCUACUCAAAGGUGAGCCCGCCAUCAUCUCGAUCCAGUCCUGGAAGAGUCACAAACUUAAGAGGAAGUGUGCUCACCAGGAAUGGCGAAAAGGAGAGCUCAUUCGCACCAUGUUGCUCGAGAUUAUGGACAGCGAGUUCGACCUGAUGAGACCCUACAUGCCAGCAUCUAAGUUUCCAGUGAUCAGCGUCACCGACUCCAGAGGCGGCUACGACCACGUGACCAAUCCCAAGGCAGGCUUGGCCGAGGACAAGCGCGCCGCCAUCGACGUAGCCAUCGUUCGAGCAACCAUGCAACGACCAGAAGUUCACCUUCGGUGGAUCGAGGGCACCAGCCAGCUCACCGAUCCACUCACCAAGCGUAUGGGCGAGAGCGCCCUACUACGACAAGCUCUACAUGACGGAGAAUACGGCAUCACCGCAGACAGCAUCUUCGACGCCAGAAAAAAGGAGCCAGCCAAUUUCGCCGUGACCAACUGCUGCUUCUCUGGACUCCACCUCUACGAGAUGGACUGCACGGGCACUUUAGGUGCCACCAGCAACGUGGACGAUCUCAACUACGAGCCCGAAGCCUACAAACGCCUCAGGGAGACCCAGCAGAUCUUCCGAGAGAGGCCCGAGGCUAGCCGCUUGAACCAGGCGGGAAUGAGGUCGAGGAGUUGCGCGGGUUCUGAGCAGUAG